AUGACUAUUCAACGUGUGAAAGGAAAGCGUGGUCGCGCAAAGGCUUCUCUAUCUCUGCAAUCCGUUUUCGCCGAAAAUAUCAAUGAUUCCACCACUCUUGCGGCUUUAGAAAUUCAUUUAUCACGGCUUAAUGAAGCUUGGUCUGAUUUUAAUGCACUUUCUGACCAAAUGUACCAAUUCGUCGAUGAUCCAGGUUACGUAGAUCCCGAACCGGAAUUUGAGGAAUACGAAUCUAAAUAUUUAAAAACUCAUGCGAUAUUAACCACUUCGAUUCGUGAUAAGACUCCAUUAUCUGAGCCUGCUCCGGCACUCAACGUAGCGUCUAUAACUGAAUCUCUUUCAGCACAACAAAUUAAAUUUUUGAAAGAUAUUGAAACUACAAAGGCUUCGAAAUCUGUACAGUUACCAAAACUUGUUGUUCCUACAUUUAAUGGCGAUUACAAGGAUUGGCCGGGUUUUAAAGAUAUCUUCAUGGGAACGAUCGAUUCAAACACAACACUUAAUGGAACUCAAAAGUUCCAGUAUUUAAAAUCGUUUCUUGGCAAAAAACCUGCCGAAUUGUUUAAAAAUACUCCAUGUACAGAAAAAAACUACUUAGAAGCUUGGGAUGAAUUAGAGGAGCGUUAUGACAAAACUAAUCUAAUAAUACAAUCUUUUAUUCAAACUUUCUUGUCGAUGCCUUCACUUAAAGGUAAAAAUGCCACGUUGCUUCGUACAGUUUUUGAUCAAGCCGAUGAAGUGAUACGGGGUCUUAAUUCUUGUCUCGAAGCCUGCGGUCCUCUUGAGUCAUCUUCUUCCAAGCAAACAAUCAGUGAUCAAAAAGGUGUUCGUUCUCAUAUGGUUGAGACUUCGACAGGGUGCCCAAACUGCAAGGAAGAUCACUUUCUUUCUGCUUGCAAAUCUUUCUGUUCGCUUAGUUUGGAAGCUCGUCGUGAAUUCGUCAAGGAGAAUAACCUUUGUUUUAACUGUUUCCGCUCUGGGCAUUCCUCAAAUAGAUGUCGUUUUAAUUUACGAUGCAAAUUGUGCAACAAGCGCCAUAAUACGUUGGUUCAUCCUACUGAAAACUUAGCUUCAACAACUUCAGCUGGUAUUUCUUCGUCAGUCAACUCUUCUGUGCCCACAAACUUAAACUGUCAUUCACUGGAAUCAUCUCAUCAUUUGUCUACUCUGCUUCCUACUGCUGUCGUCAUGGUCCAAGAUAAACAUGGAGCUCACCAUAAAAUUCGCGUAUUGUUGGAUACUGGAUCGCAAGUCUCUUUUGUUACAGAGCAGGUCGUUCAAUGUUUGGGAUUACUUCGUACCCCGUCGCGAAUUCCUAUAAUGGGUGUUGCGUCCACUUCUGCUGGUGUUACCAAUGGUGUGGUAACUCUAAAUUUAUUUUCGCGCUUUGAUAAUAACAAUAUUGAAGUUGAUUGCUAUGUUAUCUCUAAGUUAACUUUGCUUCUCCCGCCAGCCUUCGUCCCUCAUUCAAUAACUAAACCUUAUAUGUCGCUUGAAUUAGCUGAUCCUAGUUUCAAUAAGCCAGGUCAUAUUGAUAUUUUGAUAGGGGCAGACAGGGUGUUCGACGUCAUCAAAUUUCCUUUUACUUCAGAAAACAUAGAUGUUCCUAAUUGUAUUCCUACAAUGUUUGGGUUGGUUAUAGCUGGUAACAUUGAGCAGCAGCGUUCAUUCUUAACCCAGGAAUUUAGGACAUUUUGUACGCAGAUUGAUUUUUCACAGGAAUUUGAUUUGGAACGAUUUUGGCGAUUGGAAGAAGUUCAUUCUCAAUCGAGUCUAUCACUUGAAGAACAACAGGCUGAAGAGCAUUUUGUUGCAACCCACGAGCGAACAGCUGACGGACGGUACAUAGUUCAUUUGCCAUUUAAACCAAAUUUUAAUUCAAAAUUAUGCAACUCGUUUGGCAUAGCUUUAAACCGGUUACGCUCUAUGGAACGCAGAUUCAUAGCCAAUCCUGAUUUAAAAACCCAAUAUUUACGUUUUCUUAAUGAAUAUCGCGAACUAGGACAUAUGGAGGAAAUUCCCCAGAAUGAAAUUGAGCAGCAAUCAUCCGAAUGUUAUUAUUUUCCUCACCAUGCGGUUUUAAAAAAUAAUAGUUCAACCACCAAGUUAAGGGUAGUUUUCCACGGUUCGGCGAAACCUCAUCAGACAGAUAAAUCUUCUCUCAACGAGCUUCUUCUUGUUGGCCCCACUAUUCAGCACGACAUUUUCACUAUUUGUCUUCGUAGUCGUCGUCAUGUUUUUGUUAUAUCAGGGGAUAUAGAGAAAAUGUUUCGUCAAAUAUUGGUUUCACCAAAAGAUGCAAACUAUCAGCGAAUUAUUUGGCGUUCUUCUGCAGAGGAACCAUUAAAACAUUUUAAGUUAUUAACCGUGACCUACGGAACUUCAGCGGCUCCUUUCUUAUCAGUGCGCACCCUGAAACAACUUGCACUGGAUUAUGAAAAAACCUAUCCUAGAGCAUCCAACGUUAUCCUUAACGAUUUUUACGUCGAUGACGUUUUUACAGGAGCGGAUUCUAUAGAUGACAUUAUUUAUCUUCAAAAAGAGCUUGUGGAGAUUCUGAAGCUUGGCGGAUUCAACUUGCGGAAAUGGACUACAAAUUGCUGGCCUCUUUUACUCUCUUUACCACAGGAUUAA